AUGCGAGUCGAUCACUAUCAAUACCUGAUGGACAGGGGCUGGAGGAGAUCAGGAUCGCUCUAUUACAAACCGGACCUCCUGCGUUCAUGUUGUCCCCACUACACGAUACGUCUCAAGGCAUCAGAAUUCCGACCCGUGAAAGACCAACGACAAGUGAUGAAUCGAUGGAACAACUACGUUCUUGGCCCAGAAUACAAACGAAAAGCUGCUAUGCUGUGUCCACAAUCGCGAGAGCAAGUUGAAGCGCAUGGUUACAAAUUUGACCUGUCGACCGCGGUCCACAAAGCGGAAUACGACAAUGUUAAGCGUCCAGUGGGCAAAAAGACUGGUGUGUCCAUUGAACCUGCUCAUAGGUUCGAGGUCAAUCUCGAAGGCGAUAGCUUCACAAAGGAGAAAUACGAGAUCUUCUUGAAAUAUCAGUUGCGGAUACACAAAGACCCUGCAUCACGGUGGAAAGAGUCUGACUUCAAGCGAUUCUUAUGCACUGGUCUUGACCGGAAGAUUCUCAAGAUCGGCGGCAAGACACUCAAACUGGGGUCGUACCACCAGUGCUAUCGCCUUGAUGGAAAGCUGGUGGCUGUUGCAGUUCUCGACCUUCUACCCCAUGCCGUCAGCUCAGUCUAUCUCUUCUAUGAUCCUGACUACGAGGCCUGGGAUCUGGGAAAGAUGAGUGCUCUGCGAGAGAUAUCGCUGGCCAAAGAAGUCGGUUACGAGUACUAUUACAUGGUAGGCUAUUAUAUCCACUCAUGUACAAAGAUGCGCUACAAAGCCGCUUUCUGUCCGACCUACAUCCUCGACCCAGAGAGCUAUGAAUGGAAUCUUUUCGAUGAUAAAUAUCGCCAGGAGCUCGACAAGAGGAAAUACGUCUCUCCGUCCCGUGAUCGGAAACGUGGAGUGGAUGCUGCCGAGGGCACCAUUCAACAAGCAGGUGCCAGAGGGACUUCGGAUAGCGGCCCUGCUCCUAAAACCACGAAAGAAAGAGGACGAAUGUUUGACGAUGAACAAGAUCUAGAGUUCGACGAACCCCCAAGCGACGAGGAAGAUGCGGAAAUACCCGAAGGAUCCUUGUUUGAUUACGAGAUACCCGGUGUGCUGACGAAAGAUGAAGUGAAACGUCUUGAUCUCGACCACUGGCGCCUCGUCGUAGGCAACACUCUGAUCGAGUUAGAGGAUCUCCGGGACUGGGAAGAUGGGAAAAUUGACGACCCGGAUACUAUGAAAGGCAUGGCGGCAGAACUUGCUGCAGUUACGGGGCCGAAACUCCUCCAGAACAGUGCGCUGGCAGUGUUCUGA